UGAUUGAUUGUAAUAAAGAAGAUCAUUGUUAUGUAAAAAUUGGUGGAAAUGGAGAUUACAAUUAAUUAAUUCUUAGCCAUGUUUUCCGAUUAAAAUUAAAAUCAUUAUUAGACGAAACUUUCAUUUCUCUGUAACAUCACAAUUAGAGUUACAAUUUGAGUUACAAUUAGGAAAUUAUUCUUGAUUAACUUAAUAAACCUCAUUGAUUACAAAGUUGUUGUUAGUUGAACCAAAUCAAUUAUAAUUACCGUUACCUUUUCCUUAAUUAUUAGAAGAAUUUAAGCAAUUAAUUGAUUGUUAUUGAUUAUAACAAGGAAAAAGUUUCGGAAUCAGUUGAUCAGUACGACAACAAUUAAAUCCUCAGUAAUUCACCAUUGAUUCAUUUAAUAUCCUUUGAUUAUCCUUACAAAAUUAUGGAUGAAAAAAUGAUCAAUGUUAAACCUUCAUUGUUUCUGGUCUAUGCUGUUGGAUCAUCGCUUUUGGGAUCAAUCUCAUUGGGAUUAACUGUUGGAUUUAGUUCAUCAGCUAUUCCAAGUAUGGAAAGUAAUUUAACUUCACCCAGAAUAAUUGAACAUGAUCACAAUGAAACUAAAUCAUGGAUUAAGAGUAUAAUCUCAAUUGGUGCCAUGAUCGGUGCUUUAAUUGCAGGUCCUGUCGCUAAUUUGAUUGGCCGUAAAUUGUCAUUAAUUGUCGCUAAUGUCCCUUUCUUUUUUGGUUGGCUUGCAAUCGGAUUUGCUCCUGGAAUUACAUCAAUAUUAAUCGGACGAUUGACCACUGGUCUAUGUUCAGGUUUUGUUUGCACAGUUAUACCUUUGUAUUUGGUUGAGAUUUCACCUUGUCACCUACGAGGUUUAAUUGGGUCAACAUUUCAGGCCGCAACUAUCGGUGGUAUACUUUUAUCAUCAAUUCUUGGCGUUUUCUUGGAGUGGCGACAAUUGGCCUUAAUUAGUUCACUGCCGUGUUUAAUUAUGCCUUUACUUAUGUUUUUCACAACGGAAUCACCAGCGUUCAUAAUUAACCAGCAAUCAACUAAUUUCAACAACAACAAUAAUAAUAACAAUGAUUAUCAAUCUACUAGUACCAAAGAAACAUACAAAGUAUUACAAAGAUUACGAAGUCAUUCAAGUGACAUUGAAGGUGAAUUAAAGGAAAUGGGGUCAUCAGGGUCAACCGGUGAUGAGUCUAAAGUUUUCGUCCCUUGGUCAGUGAUCAGAAAACCCGAAGUUUACAAGCCAUUUUUAAUUACUUUGGGUAUAAUGUUUUUCCAGCAGUUUAGCGGCAUAAGUCCAGUUACUUUUUCAAUGGUUGAGAUAUUUAAAUUGUCACAAAUUCAAUUGAACGGUUUUGUCGCUUCAGUGAUUGUUAACUCGGUCUCAUUUAUUUCAACCAUAAUCGCAAGCCUAUUGUCCGAUAGAUGUGGACGGAAGCCACUUUUAAUCAUCUCAGGAGUUUUACAUGUUAUCAGUUUAUCCGUUCUUGGAUUAACCUUUUACAUUGUCCACUCGAAUCCUGAACUUGGACCUAAAUACGGUUUCAUUGCGUUAAUUUCACUCAUGGUUUUUGUCGCUGGUUUCGCGCUUGGCUAUGGGUGUUUACCUUUCACCAUGAUAUCAGAAUAUACCAUUUAUGAGGCUCGAGGUUUAAUCAGUUCGGCUGGUGUUUGUUUCUGUUGGACAUUCGCCUUCCUAUUGGUUAAAUCGUUUGAAGACUUACAACAUUACCUUAAACCCUACGGCACUUAUUGGCUAUUGGCAUUCAUCUCGAUAUUCAGUGUACCUUUUGUCACUUUCUUUGUACCCGAAACGAAGGGCAAAUCAGCUGAAAAAAUCGCUCAUCAAUUUAACUGUAAACUGUUUCAAGAUGUUCCCUGUACUUUUCGUAACAAUUAAAGUCUCGAUUUAAUUACAAUGUAAAUUGCUACUCGAUGAAAAUAAAACAAGCAAAAUAUUCCGA